UUUACAUGUUAUUUGUACUACUAAAUCGUACGUACUGUAAUGUUAUUGUUGACGGGAUUUGUUUUCGCUCUGGAAUUUUCAACGGCUGUUGCAUGACAGCAUGCACAACAUAAACAUGCCAUUUGUACACUGCAAGAUGGAUGUCAACCACGGAGUGAAGAUUUGGGUCGUCGUAAAUCGAAUCGAUUUAGGUGGUACACCAUCUUUUGAGAGACAAGCAGCAACACCCAUCCUACUACCCCAGAAUGUCUGCUGUACAGAGGUCCAGCGCGCUAUCAGAAACAAACUGCAGAUCAAAGAAGACACCCUUGUUCUGAAGUUACGGAACAGCAGAGGUUCUCUCAUACCCAUCAACAGUCAUGUGACUUCCAAUUCUAAAUUUAUGCCAUAUACAUUGGAGGUUGUACAACGAUACCAACAUGUCAAACCACUGCCAAGAACAGUCAAAUUAAACGGCUUCAGUGAAGUAACAAAAGUCAGGUUACAGAAAAUCAUGCGAAGGAUACAGCAGCUGGAGCAAACAGUUCCCGAGCUUAGAAAUCGACGAGAGGAUAAAAUCACGCAGGAAAUGGAAGAGCUGAAUGAGAAGAUGAGGUUCCUGAACAAGAGGAUGCAGGACGCAGAAGGCCACAAGUGGAAGGGGAUGUUCAAGAAGCAUCCGUUGUGGUGAGAGAGAUGGGAUGAUAGAGGGCGCUCUUCGAGCUGGCUAUCGACGGUGUUACCCCCAACUGUGGCAUCGUCCCAAAUAAAGUUGGGACGGUCCCAACAACAGUUUUGAUCAUCCAAACUAUAGUCAGGAAUUCCCAACUUUUUGUUUGGGACUGACUGUCCGAACAAUAGUUAGGACCAUUGCCAUAGCUGGAGCAUAACAACGGCAGUCUCAUCAACUUGUUAUCAAGUUGACACAAGUCAAUCAAAAGGUGCCCAGUCUCAAGUCAGUGGAAAAACUAUUGAAGUAACUCCAACAAAGGCGUUUCUUCGUCAUUGUUCAUCCUUUAGUGACUUGAGACCGAACUAAUGUGAAUGACUCCUUUACAAAUGUGCUUUCUCAGCAUUGUGAAUUUGAUAGUCUUUUUGAAGAUUCGAACAAAAUGGUUAUGUAUUCGUUGCUUAUGAAAUACAGCAGGGUCACAAUUUUAUAUACAAACUCUCAAUCAUGUUCAACAAUACGCCUCAACUGUCCUGUCUAAAGUAAAGGCUUAGAAUGAUUUUCAAGAAAAAAUUUAUCAAUUGUAUAGCAUUAUUAUGAGCUAUCCCAAAAGUGAUUAUAGACUGUAUAUGUUUUCGUGCUUGAAUGAGCAUUCAUUAAAAGAAGACUGAUCCAUUUGUAGAAGGGUUUGCAAGUUUCACCAUCCCAACAAUAUUGUCAUUUUUAUUAAGCAUGUGGGCCUACCUUGAACUGUUAUGUAAAAAAAUAUUGUACACAAUCUGAUAUAUAUUAUUUAUAAAAAGAAAAGUUACAGCACAUGUUAGUAGUGCACUUCUGUCAAUCAUGAAGAUUGAAAAGACCAAAGUGAAACAUGUACAUAUUGGUAAAUUGUUUACACCUGAUUAUUAAAUGUAGAUACAUUGUAAAUGACUAUUAGAUGAAGCCACUUAAACAUAUUUAUAGGUACCGGUACUAUAAUUCACUGACAAAAAUAUUCAGAGUUUAAUUUAAUCUAAGCCAUUAACAGUGCAAAGAUUUCUACAAUUUAAAUUUGGCAGCAAAUUUCAACUUGGGUUGAUCUUUUUAAGGUCUUGUUCAAAGGAUGGUUUCCCAUAUUUUUGUAUCAGUGUAUGUUGAAAGGAUACGUGUAUUAGAAUUCUUUUUGUUUUUGUAGAUUCUCUUUCAGAUUACAACACUUGUCUCAAAUCUCCCAUGGAUUUUAAUUUUGUGCAGAUACAUGUGUAGGAAGUGUUAAAAUCUGUCUGGUUUAUAUGAUCAUACAUUUUGUUUGGCUUUCUAUUCAGCACUAAGUUAGUGUCAUUCUUAACCCACUAAAGUGCAAUAUAUGACGAUGUAAUUCUGUACAUGUAAGCAUAUAUACCUUGUAGAACAUAACCAUGAGUGCGAGAGAAAUAAAGGUUGUGAAACCGGA